AUGGAUGAGGAAAACAACACCAAAGUCACUGAGUUUGUUCUUUUGGGAUUGGUGGACAAUCCAGAAAUGAUCCCUGUGGGCUUUGUUGUUGUGUUAAUUAUGUAUUUAUUUACCUUGGUAGGAAAUCUUGGUAUGAUCAUGUUAAUCUGGAUGGACCCUAAACUCCAGAAACCCAUGUAUUUCUUCCUCAGCCAUUUGUCUUUCUUAGAUUUUGGAUAUGCUUCAGCCAUUGCCCCUAAAAUGCUAGAGAAUUUUUUAGCAAAGAAGAAAACUAUUUCUUACACAGACUGCGCUGCACAAAUGUAUUUCUUUGUCUUCUGUGCAAGUACUGAGUGUAUCCUCCUGGCUGCAAUGGCUUAUGACAGAUAUGAGGCUAUCUGUAAUCCUCUCAUGUAUAUGGUUAACAUGUCCCGGAAAAAGUGUAUCCUGAUGGUAGCCGGAUCCUACUUCAUUGGCUUUCUGAAUGCAAUGGCACAAACAAUUUCAACCUUCACUUUACCUUUUUGCAGCUCUAAUAUUAUCAACCAUUUUUUCUGUGAUGUUCCUCCUUUAUUAGCUCUUUCCUGCGCUGAUACAAGCCUCAAUCAAAUGGUACUCUUUGUAUUUGCUACAGUUUUAGAUGUAUUCACUUCAGUAGAAAUUUUCGCGUCCUAUAUGAUGAUCUUGUCUGCCAUCUUGCGAAUCCGCUCUACUAAGGGGAAACAAAAGGCCUUUUCAACAUGUGCCUCACACUUAAUGGCUGUAACCAUCUUCUACGGAACAACAGCUUUUAUGUACCUGCGACCAAGUUCUAGCUACUCCCUUGACCAGGACAAGUGGGCCUCCGUGUUUUACACUGUGGUGAUCCCUGUACUGAACCCUCUGAUCUACAGUUUGAGGAACAAGGAAGUAAAAAAUGCCUUGAAAAAAAUUCAUACACUGGAGAUAGCUUUCUGGAGAGGCAUCAGGAAGUUAUAG